GCUUUCAACACUAGUUUUGGCACAUUUUUCACAUCAAUUCAUAUCAAUACAAAAUAAACACAUUUUUAUCAUUCAUUUGAUCCGCAAAUCACUUCUUGUAUUGAGUGAUCAUCGGAUCCAAGGCAUAGAGCCGUGACAUGCAGUUAACUCGAGUCAACUACUGGAACAAAUGGAUGCGAAACGGCCGAAGACCCGCCCGACCCGUCACUAGAUUCAAAGGCGACAAACCCAUGGUCUUGAGGAAUGAGGUGACCUCCGGGACCAAAGUGGCAUCAGAUGUGGUCUGUAUUCCUCAGAUGAUGGAUAUGUUGACGUGUUUUAAGGAGAAUGAAUUCGACCAAAACAAGUGCAGUCCACAGAUCAACGCCUUUCAGUCCUGUUAUGAUAAAUAUGUGGUGGACAGGAAUGCGAAGACUGCGAACACGGAUGACAUUAAACUAGAACCGGGACAGAAGAGACUGUCCAAAGACCAGAUGAAUGUCUUAUUGAAACGAUGGCCGCAACCGAGUUAAUGACGGCCGUCGGCAUCGCUCGCAGUCAUCACCGGUUGCCCCGUUUUAUAGUCGUUCGUCGGGUUUCAUAGCAUUUAUAUUUCCUAUUAUGCUAUUAUGCAUUUGGAUUGCAUUGCAAUUGAAAAACAAAAUGAAUUCAAUUAUAAUUGAUUAUAGAUUUAAACGCUUUUUAUUAUUGUUUUUUGAUUAUCAUUCAGAGAGUCGUCUAUAGAAAUGUUU